GUUGUUUACGUUCCGCCCAAACAGGCAAGGUGCUGUCAUCUGCUCAUAACAAAUCCCUCACCGCCUGGUAAGAUUACCAUCGUAAUAUUACCCUUCCGCGGAGGAAGCCUUCGAGAGCUCUGCAACUUCACUUUGUGAGCUUCACCCAUCUUGUCCCGAAUCGCAGAUCAAAAUGGCACAGUGGGAGGAUUUCAGUCACAUUUUCAGCUUCAACAAGAAGUAUUCAUACGACACAAAGGUGGUCGACCAGAUCAUCUCGAACCGUAAGGCCCUAGAGAACCAGCUCUUCGCUGAUCGACUGCUUGGCCUAGCUGGCAUCAAAGGAGUGACCAAAGUCUAUCCGCCGAAGACCAAUGCCGACCUCCGAUCGCUCAUCGAACACAUCGUCUCCUCGGAACUAGAUAUCCACCACAAGCAGGCCUUGAUAUAUUACAUUCUCAAAGACUGUCGCAGUGCGCCAGAUGCCGCGGCCCAUUUCGCGCAAGACUGCCACCUACCGGAGAAAUAUCGUCUCUUCAUUGAGGGACUCUGGAAUUUGGACCGUCUUGAAUUCAGACGUGCAAUCGAAUUCCUUGCCGAGCCCUCCCUUAUUCCAACUUUCCCCGAUGAAAUCCUCUAUGUUUUGACUCUCUCGCAACUUCCCAAGCAUGACGAUAGUCUCGCCAUUGCCUACUACCUCACCGCCGCUCCCCCUCUCGCCGCCGAGAAGGUCCAACGGGCUUUCUUUGAGACCCUUUGCCGGUCAAAUGUGACCGAGGCCUUCUACUUUACGCGGAAAUACGACGAGGCGCAACGUCGUAGUUACUUCGAGCAACUGGUCGAGUUUGUACACAAGACAGCGGCGGGCCAGACGCGAAGCAAGCGUGCGAUGGAACUUGUCGGUCUGCCAUUGGGAGAGGAUGAAGAAGAAUGGUUCGAGGAAACAUUGCUACAUGGAGGUGCCAGAUCUUUCCCGGGGGCGAAGGAUACCGUCAUGAUGCGACGCCUGGCCACUGGGCAGAUGAGCGGCCUUGGGACUGAGCUGGAAUCCCUAGGCGGCAAGAAGGUAGAUGGGUUGAACUGGGAUACACUGCGCGAGAGCAUGCGCCAAACACAAAACAUAUACCCUUCCUAGUUCUCUAGGAGUCUUGAUAUGAACAUUUUUUAAUGAUCUUGAGAAUUGAAUAAGCGACGGAUUGGAGUUCCAACUUUUCUGGAUUUUUGAUGAUGCCCGGCGAAUUAGAUGUUUCAAGAUUUCUGGCCUGUUAAGCAGCAAAUUAUGUUUUGACAAGUCACGUCACUAAGACCUCUUCUAAGGGUGCAAUUGGCAAAAUAUAUUCUUGCUUCUACCGCUAAAGAGUACCGGCUGUGCACUUAAUCUGAC